UACAGUAUAUCGAUCAGAUUCAUAGAGAUCAUUCAAGACGCGUAUUUCGCAAAUACAGCGGAUAUCAAAAAUAGAUUAUUUUCUUGUAGUGUAAUGUUUUAAUGCGAGCAAACAGACUUGUUUAUCCACUCUUGGGCGCGGAUGAGCAGGUAUCUGUGUCACCUGAGGGCGGUUUCAAAGUAUAAAUACAUGCACCAGAAUGGUAUUUCCAUACAGAGAGCAAGACCAGACAGGAGUGUUUACGGACGUCUUAAAUAUUUUGAAAUUCUCAACAUGAGUGACCAACAACAACAGCAGGGUUGCGGAGGCUCUGGCUCCGAGAGCUCAGGAGAUGAAUGUGGACAGAAGCAUGGAAAGGGCCAAGGCAAAGGAAAAGGAAAAUGCCAGCAAGGGCAAGGGCAAGGGCAAGGUCAAGGACACGGUCAUCAUGGUCAUCAUGGUCAUCAUGGUCACGGUCAUGGAGGAGAACAUGGGAAAAAGGGGCCAGCAUGUGAGCAGCAAAAAGGAAAAAAGUGUUAAGAUCAUGUAUGGUGGUCCAUGCUAGUCCUCAUGCUUUACAUAUCAAAACCGCUCCAUAUUGCAUCCAAAUAAUGACAUUAAAUCACUGUUAAACGA